AUGAACGAUUUCAGAGAGAAUUCAUACCGGCUCGGACGACGCCCGGUAAAACAAGGUCCGCGUCCUCUGCUGAUAGGAACAUGGAAUGUGCAGACCCUAUGGGCUGCUGGAAAAUUGGAAUUGUUGCGAAACGAAAUGAAACGUUUCAGAUAUGAUGUAAUUGGUAUUUCUGAAGUGCGAUGGACAGGAAAAGGUAAAACACCACACGCAGAUUUCAUCUGGUCAGGAGAAGAGACUGUACAUAUGAGGGGUGUCGGUUUCUUAUUAAGCGCACAAGCAAAAAAGGCGUUAAUAGGAUAUAAUCCAAUAAGCUCACGAAUAAUUUCGGUACGAUUAAGUACGGAAGUAAUAACAAAGACAGAUAAAAAGGAUAUAAUCAUUUUGACAGGAGACUGGAACGCUAAAAUUGGUAGCGAAAAUGCAGAUUGGAAAUCCGUUAUGGAAUAUGCACAGCAAUAUAAAGACUCAUGUCGGAGAGUCAAAAAAUCUGCAAGACAGGAUAAAGAGCAUUGGAUAAACGAUCAAUGUGAGCAAGCUGAAAAAGGCUUAAAUAUUGGAAAUACUAGAGAAGCAUACAGCCUAUUAAAAACAUUAAGAAGCGAAUUUGUACCUCGGCUGAAUGGGAUACGAGAUCAGCGGGGCACAAUGCUACAGGCAAAGGAUGACAUAAAACAAAGAUGGACACAGUAUUGUAGCAGUCUAUAUAAAGAUUCUGGCGGCAGAGACGCGAUGGUUAAAGAACUUGAAGACAUCACACCUCCCGGAAACGAAGAAUCCCAGGAUAUCCUGAAUUCAGAGGUACAAACAGCAAUACGUGCACUAAAAAGAAACAAGAGUCCAGGGUCAGAUGGUAUAACGGCGGAAAUGCUACAAGCUGGAGGCGAACAGUUAGCACGUCAAAUCCACAAUCUAUGUAAUAAAGCAUGA